UCGGAGACCACACUCAAAGAGCACCCCAGCGAAGGAAGAUUUGAUUUACAUGGCUUUUUAUCCAACGACAAAAAAAACAGCUCGAAGAAGCAGGUAAAACAAGUAAUAAACAUUUGGGAUUGGCAUGGAAGAAUCUACGUGUGAAUGGUGCUGGAGGGGAAUCUACCUUUGUGAAAACCUUCCCCGAGGCAGUGUUAGGAACUUUUGGACCAGACGGCUAUAAUUUAAUAACUGGAUACUUCCCAAAGUUAGAUGUGAUUGGAAAAAAGACACCAAUUCGUCCUUUGAUUCAUGAUUUCACUGGUGCACUCGGAAACGAAAUGAUGUUAGUACUAGGUAAGCCUGGUAGUGGAUGUACCACCUUCCUUAAGGCUCUUGCAAACAGACACCACGAGUAUGUAAGCGUAGAAGGUGAUCUCACCUAUGGUGGUUUGUCUCCUCAAGAGGUUAAAGAGAAGUAUCGUGGUGAAAUUGUUAUGAACACCGAGGAAGAUCUACACUAUCCAACUCUCACCGUUGCUCAAACACUCGAGUUUGCAAUACGCCAGAAAGUACCACGUAUUAGACCAAAUGGAAUGAGAAGAUCGGAGUAUGUGAAAUACAUCCUUGAUGCACUAGUGAAGAUGUUCGGUAUUGAGCACACAGCCAACACAGUCGUAGGGAACGAAUUUAUCAGGGGCGUCUCUGGUGGUGAACGUAAGAGAGUCUCUAUAGCUGAGACACUUGUCACAAGAGCUUCCGUCAUGUGUUGGGAUAAUUCAACACGUGGGUUGGAUGCUACCACGGCUGUUGAUUACGUGCGCUCUUUGAGAAUUAUUACAGAUAUCACCGGUGGUACAACAAUCGCAACCCUUUAUCAAGCCGGUGAAGGUAUAUACGAACUGUUCGAUAAGGUGUGCGUUGUUGAUGAAGGUCGCUGUAUUUAUUAUGGUCCAGCUAACGAGGCAUGCUCAUACUUCGAAAGUAUCGGUUUCUACAAACCUCCUCGUCAAACCUCUGCGGAUUUCUUGACAAGCGUUACUGAUAUCCAUGAACGUAUAAUUAAACCAGGUUGGGGAAACCGCGCUCCACGUACACCAGAGGAGCUGGAAAAGGUUUACAAAAAUUCUCAAUACUAUGAAGCGGCUGUUGCAUCGGCUGAUCACACAUUUAAUGCUGAAAACAAUCACCUAGGCGACUUCAAGACUUCCGUUCGCGAAGACAAGAAGAGACGUAUGGCGAAGACUUCACCAUACACUGUUUCUUUCAUUGAGCAAAUCUACUACUGUUUAAUUAGGGAAAUUCAAUUACAGAGGAGUCAAAUAGCUAAUUUAAGAACUAAGUUUAUAACGAUACUAUUCGCGGCACUCACUGUUUCUUCUCUUUUUUAUGAUCAAUCGGGUUCUGGAAGCAUUUUCGCUAAAGGUAGCGUUUGCUUCUUUUCAACCGUUUUCUUUUGCUGGGUACAAUUAUCAGAUAUAUGGAACGGAUACACGGGUCGUGAGAUUAUAGCAAAACAGAGUAAUGAGUUUGCAUUCUAUCGCCCUAGUGCUGUUACUUUCGCAAGAUUUUUAGUUGAUGUACCCAUCAUAGUCUCUGGUAUAUUGCUUUUCUCUAUUGUGGUUUAUUUUCUCGGAUCACUCGAUUAUACGGCAGGUAAAUUUUUCACUUACUUCUGCUUUGCUUCUUUCAACGCUGUUACAUUUAAUCAAAUGUAUAAAGUCAUAGAAAGUGUAUCGCCUAAUUUCAGCAGCGCUAUAAGGUACUGCGUCGCUUUACUCGCAAUAACUUUCACUUUGGUAGGAUACACAAUCCCAAGAUACGAUAUUGGAAAUUGGUUCAGAUGGAUCUCUUGGAUCAAUCCCCUUCCGUACAAUUUCGAGAGCUUACUAGUGAAUCAAUUCCAUGAUGUCAAUAUUGAAUGCGAUCUAUCAGACAUCGUACCAAACGGAGUAAAUGGUGCAGAAGAGCAAUAUCAGUCAUGUGGUAUUCAAGGUAGUAGACCUGGUAGCUUGCUGGUCCUAGGUGAUGAUUACGUUGAUGCGGCGUUUGAUUAUAAAUAUUCUCAUCUUUGGAAUAAUUUGGGCUAUAUUAGUGCUUUCUUGAUUGGUUUUUUAAUAGUCACCGCUGUCUUUACCGAACUCUUUAGUCAGACAGGUGGCAGAGGUGGUGUAACCGUCUUCGCAAAAACGGCCAAAAGUAAAACUAAGGCUAGUGAAAUUGAAAAUCCAGGCGAUAUCGAAAGUGGAGCUCCAGAAACAAUCAAGGAGAAGAGCAAUGAAGAUAUUGAAAUUGGAGCUAUCAAUGCAUCUGACGCUGAUUUCACUUUCAAGAAUGUGACGUAUACCGUUACAACCGCUACUGGAGAAAAACGACUUCUUGAUGACGUCACUGGAUAUGUUAAAGCUGGUUCCAUUACAGCUCUCAUGGGUGCAUCCGGCGCAGGUAAAACAACACUUUUGAACACACUUUCACAACGAGUGACAACUGGAAUCAUUACUGGUGAUAUGUUGAUUGACGGUAAACCACUUGAAUUGAACUCCUUCCAAAGAGGUACUGGAUUUGUUUUACAAGGUGAUUUGCAUGAUUCGUUUGCUACUGUUCGUGAAAGUAUCGAAUUCUCCGCUAUUCUUAGACAACCACGUGAAACACCUCGUGAAGAGGUUCUCGCAUAUGUUGAUCAAAUCAUCGCUCUACUUGAAUUGAAGGAUCUUGAGGAUGCUAUAAUAGGUUCCCCUGGAGCAGGUUUAAGUAUUGAGCAGCGCAAGAGAGUGACCAUAGCUGUUGAAUUAGCGGCAAAGCCAGAUCUACUUCUGUUCUUAGAUGAACCUACCUCAGGUUUGGAUUCUCAAUCAGCCUACUCAAUUGGUCGUUUCUUGAAAAAGCUUGCAAACGCUGGUCAAGCUAUAUUAUGUACAAUUCACCAACCUUCAAGUUUACUCUUUACAGAGUUCUUCGAUCGUCUCCUUUUGCUUGCUCCUGGUGGCAAAGUCGUUUAUCAAGGUCCUGUUGGUGAUAAUGGUAGCGCUGUUGUUGAUUACUUUAAGCGCAUCGGUGCUCGUGAAUGUAAAGCUCAUGAGAAUGUUGCUGAAUAUGCCAUCGAAAUGAUCGCUUACGGACGUGACGCAAAUGGAGAGUUUUUGGAUUUCGUUAAUGCAUACAGGAAUUCCCCAGAAGCCGCUAAACUUGAAGCAGAAGUAAACAAAAUAAUUAAAGAAAAAUCAGAGACACCAAAGGAACACACAAAUGCUAUGACCAGGUCUUAUUCACAACCAUUUUUCGUUCAACUUAAGCUCCUUGUCCAAAGAAUGAGUCGCAAUUAUUGGCGUGAUUCAUCCUAUACUUACGGUCAAUUUUUCGUAACUUUCGGCACAGCCAUGCUCAACGGAUUCGUUUUUUUCAAAAAUGGAACCUCGAUAGUGAACAUGACUGAAAGGAACUUUUCAGCUUUCCUCAUUCUUCUUAUUCCUCCUUUUACUAUAAUAUCAGCAGCACCGAAAUUCUUUACCAAUUACGAAAUAUUCAACAGACGUGAAAACCUUUCUAGAGUAUAUUCUUGGUAUAGUUUUGUCACAUCAUACUUACUAUGCGAACUUCCUUACGCGUUUCUAAACGCAACAAUUUACUGGGUAAUUUGGUACUGGCCAAAAGGAUUUUCACACACUACCGAUGGUGACUUUAGAUUAGGAUCGCCGGCUGGUUUAACCUUCCUGAUGAUUAUCGAGGCUUUUAUUUUCGCUAAUUGGCUUGCUGCAUGGAUGUGUACGAUGUCACCAAAUGUCAAAUUCACCAUGGACAUUAUGCCAUUUAUCAUUAUCCUGCUAUUCUUCGUUAAUGGUAUUUUUAUUGACUACGCCAAACAACCUGUCUUCUGGGAGUAUUUUAUGUACUAUGUGAACCCAUAUACGUAUCUCUUAGGUGGACUUAUUGGUGCUACUGUAUCAGAUGUUGAAAUCCAAUGUUCGUCAAGAGAGAUUACGACAUUUAGUCCUCCUUCUGGCGAAACUUGUCUAUCUUACGCUGGCGCCUUCGUGGAAACAAUGGGAGGAUAUUUACUCAAUGGCGACUCCACAGGUGAUUGCCAAUACUGUCCAAUGUCAAACUCAAAUGCGUUUUUGGAUCAAAAGCACGUCUUCCAUGCAACUGGCUGGCCUUGGGGAUAUUUUGGCAUUUUCACGCUCUUCUCAAUAUCCAGCUUUGCAUUAACAUACUUUUUUUACUAUAUAACGAAAGUUAAUCCACCAAAUCUUAAAUUAUUCAAAAAACUCUCUCUUAUCUAA